AUGGAGGUUACUCACAAUUGGAGUGAUGAACAAUGGGUCAAGUUGCUGAAAAACUGCUACGACGCAAUUCCUGCAAAUGGGAAAGUGAUUUUGGUGGAAUUAGUUCUGCCAGAGGGACCAGAUUAUGCUGGAGUUGCCACCCAAAAUGCUUUGAGUAAGGACUUGAUGAUGAUGUGCUUCACCCAAGGAGGCAAAGAAAGGACAGAAACAGAAUUUGAGAAGUUGGCUAUGGAUGCUGGAUUCAAUGACUUCAAAAAAGCGGCUUGUGCUUACAAUUAUUGGAUCAUGGAACUUAGGAAAUGA